UCCAAAAAUAGUGAAGAAGAGGAAAAUUGUGUGGCCAGCGCCAUUCCGAAGUCUACCCAAAAUAAAAGCAAAUGGGCGACUGGGAUUUUUGAAGAUUGGCGAAGAGCCCGAUUUCCCAAAGUAGCAACGUUGGAACCAGGCGGUCUCUUUAAACACUAUGAUCUGCACAAAGCUCAGUCCUUGGAAGUUCCGUUAGUCCAAAUGGAUGCUUUAAGCCUUAAUUAUUGGCUAACAAAGUUUAUCCAAGAAGUUGCCAAACCGUCAAGGGAAAGAUAUCCACCCAAACGUUACACCAGAUUGUGUGUGGAAUACGUCGUUUCAUCGAGGAAAAGAAAGAGAAGUUGGAUUUUAAUCCUCCCGAUGCUUCGGACAAAA